AUGGGCGACGAACUUGCGACAUGGUUCUCGGAGCGCCUCGGGGUUGAGGCAAGACUCGCCUACAUUGGCAAUGGCUCACGGCCUGUCCUGGGGUCUUUGGCACCAAACAGCAAAGGAGGCCUGAGAAAGGCCAGACUUGCGCAGCGUCUCAGGUCAUUCAUCCCGUUUGCUCGGUUUCCUGAGGAGCGUCUUGUCUUCAACGAUCUUGCACACUACCUCGUUGUCACUGAAGAGUCCACCGCGGAGGUCUCUUCUCGUCUAGAAGGCGACUUGACGAUGGACGUUCGAAAGUUCCGCCCGAAUGUCGUCGUCAAAGGCGCAAGCGGUCCCUUUGCAGAGGACUUUUGGGGCGAGUUGACUUUUGACGGCGGUGUCCAGAUGCCUCUGACGGCCAACUGUUAUCGCUGCCAAAGCAUUACUGUUGACUAUAACACUGGCAAGACUGCGUGCGACGAUCGUGGGUUGGUGUGGAAGAAGCUGAAUAAAGAUCGCCGAGUCGACAAGGGCGCCAAAUACAGCCCUGUCUUUGGACGUUACGGAUACUGCUUUGGGUCAGCUGUUGGCGAGACACUAAGCGUGGGACAGAAAGCGCGGAUCUCCCACGUUAAUUCGGACAGAACGACUUUCGAUUGGCCGCAUCUCACAACAUUCGGCGUCAGCCAGAAGAAGAAUUAG